ACAGUUUCUGGCAGGCAAGCGAGCUCUCGGGCGGCCCUGGCCGGAGAAGAGGAGUUGCAUGUGUCUCUUCAGCUGGCGGUAGUGGCGGGAGCGGAGGCGGCCGGGGCUGUGUGACCGCCUGGGUCUGUGCGAUGGCUGCCGACAUUUCUGAAUCGGGUGGGCCUGACUGCAAGGGAGACCCCAGGAGCAACGCCAAGUUUAACGAUGCCGACUACCCGCUGCGAGUCCUUUAUUGCGGAGUGUGUUCAUUGCCAACAGAGUACUGUGAAUAUAUGCCUGAUGUUGCUAAAUGUAGACAGUGGUUAGAGAAGAAUUUUCCAAAUGAAUUUGCAAAACUUACCGUAGAAAAUUCACCCAAACAAGAAACUGGAAUUAGUGAAGGUCAAGGAACAGCAGGGGAAGAAGAAGAGAAGAAAAAACAAAAGAGAGGUGGAAGAGGUCAAAUAAAGCAAAAAAAGAAGACUGUACCACAAAAGGUUACAAUAGCCAAAAUUCCCAGAGCAAAGAAGAAAUAUGUAACAAGAGUAUGUGGCCUUGCAACUUUUGAAAUUGAUCUUAAAGAAGCACAACGAUUUUUUGCUCAGAAAUUCUCCUGUGGUGCCUCAGUAACAGGGGAGGAUGAAAUCAUCAUUCAGGGAGACUUCACUGAUGACAUAAUUGAUGUCAUUCAGGAAAAAUGGCCAGAGGUGGAUGAUGAUAGCAUUGAAGAUCUUGGAGAAGUGAAGAAGUGAUUUUGAAAUGUGUCUGUAUUUAAUGAUUUGAACUGAGAAUUGAUAUGGCCAAAGGGAGAGGCCUUUACAAAUAUAUAUAUUUAUCCUACAGUGAAACUGUAGACUACCCUCACUCUUGGCAUUUUCACUGUUCUGUAAAGGCUGCUUUGUUUUUUUUAUUGCCAAAGUCUAAUAAACAAGGGAGACUGUCAUGCUUAUGCAUGAAAUAGAUCUUAGUCAAAUAAAAUUUUUUUGUCAUUUGGUACUGAUGUUUUCUCUCUUUAUAACGUUACUUUUGAAGACUCUGGUAAAGUUUUUUUAAUUUUAAAAUAUGAUUUAUUCAAAUUAUGAUUUAAGCCAGGUAGUUUUUUUUUUUUUAAUAAUUUGAAAUUUGGCUUUAUAACCAUUAAUAACUGUCUCCUUGCUUCUUUGGUAUGAUAGUUUGAGAUGUUUGAGCACCUAUAGAUUUGUGGUUGAAUUUGCUUCGUUGUACCAGCCAAGUCCACUCUGAGGACUCGUGAACAUUACUGUUGGUAGGAGUUGUUCAGCUGUUCUGGAUUAUUUGGUAAAGUAUAUUAAAAAGCCUUAAAACCACCUGCACUGUUUGACCCAGUAAACCACUUCUUUCACAUUAUCCUAAAGAAGCAAUCAGAAUUGCUUUUGGAUGAAAGUGUUACCUAUAAUAUUAAAAAGCUGCAAGUGAUGUAAAUGAAUAGUUUAGAAUGAUGAUGCACAGCCCAGGAGCUGGCUCAGUGGAUGAAGUAUUGGACCCUCAAGCAUGAGGUCCUGAGUUGGAUCACUGGCAGUGCAUGUGCCAGAGUGAUGCUCUCUCUGGUUGUCUAUCCCCUUCUCUGUCUCAAUAAAUAAAUAUUUAAACAAA